UGUCGUUACCUAUUGGACGCCUGCGCAUGGAGUCUUCGAUGGCGACACCAGCGAUGGUGACCUUGAAGAUGGGAAAUAACACUCACGCCCAGAUAUAAAUACCUGACGUUCCACCCAUUCAAUAUCAGGAGUCCCGUCUCACUCCUCAGGCAGAACAGUAGUCUUCCAAGCUUUUAGCUCGCAAGUUCUGGACUUUCAAUCACUCUCAUUCAGCUCAAGAACCACAGAGUGCCAUUCCUUCACCUGAGCAGCCAAAAUGAAGUUCUCCGUUCUUUUGGCUACUGUUCUUGCCACCGCCGUUGCGGCCGGGCCUAUCGAGUUGCUUGACUUGGACUACUACCCGACCUCUAAGUCAACCACAACUCCCAGCUAUCCAACUGGCGGCUAUCCUACCGGAGGCUACCCUACUGGAGGCCAUCCUACUUCUUCUACCACUAAGCCUGGUGGUGGCCACACUUCAUCUACCACCAAGCCCGGCGGCGGUCACACUUCUUCGACGACUAAGGGCCACCCUACCCCCUCGACUACUACUAAGGGUCACCCUACUCCCUCAACAACUACUAAGGGCCAUCCUACUCCAUCAACAACUACUAAGGGUCACCCUACCACGACUACCACCAAGGGCCAUCCUACCCCCUCGACGACUACUAAGGGCCACCCUACAUCGUCAACUACUAAGCCUGGUGGCCCUCCCACAUCGUCAACCACCAAGCCUGGCGGCCCUCCCACAUCGUCAACUACUAAGCCUGGCGGUCCUCCUACAUCCUCAACUACUACCAAGGGUCAUUCUACUUCAUCCACCACUAAGCCCGGAAACCCUACUUCAUCAACGACUAAGUCUAGUGGCAACCCGCCAUCCUCCACGACAACUCCUGGCGGUGGCAACCCGACGACUACAACUACCCCCGGCGGCGGUAACCCAACUACUACCACUCCUGCCCCAACGACCACCACUACUCCCGGUGGUGGCAAUCCUACUACUACUACUACUACGACAUCCAUCUCCUAUCCUACGCCCUACUACGCCUGCCCAGCAGGACUCUACAGCGUCCCGCAGUGUUGCUCCACUGAUGUGCUCGGUGUUGCUGACCUGGACUGCCACUCCCCCAGCAUGGUUCUCACCAGCCCAUCCCAGUUCCAGGCUACCUGCGCCGCCGGUGGCCAGCGUGCCCGUUGCUGCGUCAUCCCCGUGCUCGGCCAAGCAGUUCUCUGCAUCACCCCCCCUGGCGUCCAAUAAAUCAUGGCAGCAACGCUUCUGUUCCCCUCUCCGUAGUACUACUAGAGGCUACCAGAAGAUCGGUAGCAGGCAGGGCAGAAAAGG